GCUGCGUGCUGGGCAUUUGUGACAAUUAUUCGAUCGCCGGACAUUCAUUGGAAAUGUGGUCGCAAUUGUUUUGGCUCGGCGGCUUUUUCUUGGCUGUUUUGUCCGUCGGGACUAAGAGGCCUGACCAGAGAAUAACUAGGCAGCUCGUUUACCAUUCACCCGAGAAUCCUUAUCCAGUACAUUCGUAUUGGCAAUUGUUGGACCCUUAUUAUUACGUGAUGACCGCCGGCAAUCGACUGAUGGAAUCGCCAAUAUUCGCCCAUCAAGAUCACCACUACAAUCACUUGCAAGCUGUUGCCAGACCGUAUCAUAACGAUUGGUCUUCGAUCAUCCGGCCGAGUUAUCCUCGUCGAGUUGUUGGUCCUCACAGAGGAAUUGCGUACAGAAAUUAUCAAGAAGAAGUAUUGUACCCCCAAGUCAGAGGUCGAAAAUUCAAACCCUUUCGAAAAGGACCAGCCGGUCCACCGGGUCCACCGGGUCCAAGGGGUAAUCCCGGAGUGGCUGGCCCACCGGGAGCCGACGGUGCACCGGGAGCCGAUGGCAUUCCGGGAGUUGACGGUGAUCCGGGAGUUGACGGAACUCCCGGGUUGGACGGUCAACCUGGAGCGGACGGCAAUCCGGGACUGGACGGAGCCCCAGGGGCCGAUGGAACACCCGGACUAGACGGAGCUGAAGGCCCACCGGGAGCCGACGGUGCACCGGGAGCCGAUGGUUUACCGGGAGCUGAUGGCGCAGAUGGAGCGGACGGUCCACCUGGUGCUGAUGGUCCGCCCGGAGAGGAUGGAGUCCCUGGUCUGGAUGGCGCUCCCGGGGUUGACGGUCAACCAGGACCACAAGGAGAACCCGGAGAACCCGGACCACCAGGCCCUUAGGCCGUUAAGAAUUAAAUAACUUUAUUACAAAAUUAAUGGGGGAUUGAGUAAAUGUUGGUUUCGGUGGUGGACAAUUUCGAGUUACAAAUUUAAAUGGUAGAAAAUUCAAAUAAAACGACCGGUCCCGUAUUGGAA